AUGCAGAUUACAAAGAAAAGGUUCUUUCUACCAAAGGAGGAAAAGAACCAGGAAGUGAAAACGGAAGCAGUUUCAAAUGAAGAGGGCCUAUUUGUACAAGACGAGGACGAAGACGAAAAGAAGACGACACCAGUACAAUCGCAACAACUGGUCAACUCCACGAUAUCAUUUGAGAAAUUUGCAAGCGAUUUACAAGCCAUAGUGGGUGAAAUAUCGCCCGUGAUACUAAAUUACCUAUAUGAUAAGUACUCCAUACAUCCCAACAGUGUCAAGCACGCCACUCACGAACUCUUUACAAAUCCUCCCGAUAUCGAUGAGCUACCGCAAACAAACACAACGCGUCUGCAACAUUCAGUAUCUUCAUCACCAACUACUAAUGCAGCAUCCAUACUAUCUCAACGACAACUGCGACCAAACAGCUCAUUAACAAGCCCAUCCUCACCAUUGAAACGCAUAGACAUUGGCGAUGAUCUUGAGUUUGGACAAUUGCGCAAGAGGCAACAUCCUGAACAAGAAGAUGGUGGUGUUGAAAUGGAAUCUGACUCGUGGCGUAAAUAUAUUGGCACUUUGGAAGUUCAAGCUUGGGCAACAAGACCCACAAUGAAGCCCCUCAAGUACCAAGAUGUGCUUGUGGUGAAAAGAUUAGUUCCUCGAACUUCAACAGCUCAAAAGAGUUCCAUCAUACGAUUGUGUCUCAAUGACAGAGAGAUCGGAAGGCUCCCGGAGGAUUUAACCAGGAUUUUCAGUCCCUUGAUUGAUCAGAAUAUUGCUGAUUUCGAUGUCACUGUAUUGGAAACAACAAAGCGUCGGUUAUCUACGGGAGAUUCAUUCUUUAUUCAAGUCACGAUUUACUUGAAAAGCACAGGGUUUGUGAAAAACAUUGAUUUAGCAAUGGAGCAUCCUAGUUCGAAAAGAGGGCCAAACUUCAAUUUCGCAACAGAAAGCGAAGGGGAAGCAUCAAUGAGAUUACGACAGGCGGGUGUAUCGAGUUUGUUUGAGAGGUUGAAGCUAAAGCCGCUAAAGUUGAACAACGAUAAUAGAGAAGAUGAUGUCACUUCCUCUGCCCAGUCGGUUGAAAUCACUGGUUCUGAGGUUGAAGAGGUUGCUGACGGAGUGAACCUUGAUCAGUUGAGACAAUUUUAUCAAGCAAAUAAUCAAUCAAAGUUAUUGGAGAGUUUACCUGAAACUACGGAGCCACCUAAGGAAAACUUCAGUUUGUCAUUAAGAGAGUAUCAAAAACAUGGACUUUCUUGGAUGUUAGCGAGAGAGAAAGAAGUCGAUGUCUUGCAACUGUGUUUGGGGCAAGAUAUGUUGCCUCUGGAAACAAGGAAAAAUAUAGAAGAUGCAGGUACAAUGAAUCCUCUUUGGAGAAAAUAUAGGUGGCCUAAUGAUGGCAGUUUGUCGCAAAGUGGCAAUAAUUCUACACAAGCCCACUCACAGACUCAAGACAAUUACUUUUAUGCUAACUUGUAUAACGGUGAGUUGUCAUUGGAAAAGCCUAUAAUCAAAACAAGUUUACAAGGAGGCAUCCUUGCCGAUGAAAUGGGGUUGGGUAAGACCAUCGCGACAUUGGCGUUGAUAAACUCCGUGCCUUACGAUAAGGCGCAUGAUGUGGAGAACCGUUACGCGUCAAAAACAACCUUGAUUGUGAUGCCCAUGUCCUUGCUUACACAAUGGAAGGAAGAGUUUGAAAAGGCAAACAACAAUGAUGCACAUAUUUGUCGAUUAUAUUAUGGAGACGAGACUGAAAAUGACUUGUCCUUGUCUCUUUGCCAUUUGAAGCCAAAUUCCAAAAUCCCCAUAGUUGUCAUCACCACUUAUGGAACUGUUUUGAAUGAGUAUACGAGAAUCUCCAAAAACCGGAAUUCGAAAGGAGAACUUCCGAAAUUAGGGCUUUACUCGGUGAAAUUUUUUCGAAUUAUUCUUGAUGAAGGACACAAUAUCCGUAAUAGGAACACCAAGACGGCAAAAUCUGUUUAUGAGCUACUGCUGAAUCGGAAAUGGGUUCUUACUGGUACUCCAAUUGUGAACCGAUUGGAUGACUUGUAUUCGUUGACCAAAUUUUUGGAGUUGGAUCCAUGGAACAAUUUUUCCUACUGGAAAACAUUUGUAACGUUGCCCUUUGAACAAAAGAAGAUAUCGCAAACGUUGGAUGUCAUCAAGUCUAUUUUGGAACCAAUCUUUUUGCGAAGAACCAAAAAUCAAAAGAAAAAUGGCAAACCAUUGGUGGAGCUUCCCGAGAAGGAGGUUGUGAUUGAAGAAAUCAGAUUUAAUGAUCAAGAAGCAAAACUUUACAAUUGGUUUAAGUCAAGGGCAUUUGAAUCUUUUGCCGAAGGGGUCAAGACGGGACAAUUGAUGCGGCAAUAUACCCAAAUCUUGACCCAUAUUUUACGAUUGAGGCAAGUUUGCUGUCAUGUGGAUCUAAUUGGAGGUGCUCAUGAAAUGGAUGAUGAUGUCAUCGAUUUAGAAGUCGAUGAAGAGAUGAAAACAUUUCUCAAGUCAAUCAAGGAUCAAACUGGCAAAUUCGCCAAUGAUACCGAAGUGAAGCAAACCAUCUACAAGUUGUAUGAUUGCGUUACACCGGAAAAUGAGUGUUCAAUAUGCACAACAUCACCAAUUCCAACCAAUGAGCUCACAAUCACGCCAUGCGGACACACAUUCUGCUACUCGUGCAUUUUGGAACAUUUGGAUUUCCAACUGGAUUUGAAACGUGACAAAUUAUGUCCCAAUUGUCGAGAACCCAUAUCCAAGUACAAGUUGUUUCGAAUUCGAAAUCAGAAAACCACAAGUAAUGAAAUUCGCUUCCAUACGCAAAAUCGAGAUCAUCAACACGAUUACGAUUUUCAAAUCUAUUUACACGAUCCCAAUCGAACAAGCUCCAAAAUCCAAGCUCUUAUCAAACACUUGAAGCAGAUUCAAACCAAUGAGCCGAAUCUGAAAGUGAUUGUGUUUUCCCAAUUUGCUUCGUACUUGGAUAUAUUGGAAGUGGAGUUGAAGUUAGCCAGUGAUGAUUUCAUCGUUUACAAAUUUGAUGGAAGGUUGAAUAUGAAUGAUCGAGGCAAGUUGCUCAAUCAGUUUAAUUGCCCCUUGACGAAUGGGAAAAUUGCCAUUUUAUUGUUGAGUUUGAAAGCUGGUGGUGUUGGUUUGAAUUUGACAACGGCAUCAAGAGCAUUCAUGAUGGAUCCCUGGUGGAGCCCCAGUAUUGAAGAUCAGGCGAUUGACAGAAUUCAUCGAAUUGGUCAGAAUGAGACUGUUAAAGUUGUUCGAUUCAUAAUGGAGAAUAGCAUUGAGACGAAAAUGCUCAAGAUUCAGGAACGAAAGAAGCAAAUUGGUGAGGCUGUUGGUGUUGAGGAAGAGGAAAGAAGGAGAAGGAGAAUUGAGGAGAUACAGAUACUUUUCGAAGAGUGA